UUCAAGGUACAAGGACCAUAAUAACGUGAACAUCAUAAUCGGUUAUGAAUGUGGAUUUGGCUACAGUUUAUAGUUUUCUCCAGCCAUAAUCAUGUCUAGUUGUGUUAAAGUCGUAUUGACAGCUUUGGUCGCUGUUCAGGUGCUCGGUGCCCCAAGGGUAGACGAAAACUUAUGGCUUACCAAAGCACUGGCUACCCAAAAAUCUAUGAACGAGUCGUUUGCAAAAAUUUUUACGAGCGGAGUCGAAGAUGCGAAAAUCAAUACCAUUGCCAAUAAGGGUUUUGCCGACUUCACUAAAUUCAUCAAGGACGGGAUAGCUCCGACAUUGAAGAAGGUGGACGCGAAUCCUAUUUACGAGAAAGUAAAAGCGAGAUUGAACUAUUGGCUCGUUGAGUUGGACAACUUAAACAACGGAAACGCAACCGAUUUGUCAAAGCAAAGGGGUAACACGGCUUGGGGAAAAUUCGAAACAGCCAUUGACAGGAUGGUGAAAAGGGCGCCCGACUUCAAGAGGAAAAUCCAAGCGGCCCGUCCGGAAGUCCGGCCAGUGUUGGACGACAUAGGCAACUUCUUCAUGGAGAUAAUCAACAAAAUAGGCGAGAUUGCGAAAUCUGUAGAGAAACAAGUCCAAGACGCUGAGAAAAAAACCGUACAGACUAAAGCUAAAGGAAAAAAUUUGUGAUUUUACAACAGUGCGGUAUAGUUUCUUAAUGCCGUUAAGAUGUUAGCCGUAUAACACCAUUAUAUACUAAGUACUGACCGCUUAGAUAAUUUACAUAUUAUGAAAAUAUUAUUUUAUACACAUGAUAAACUAAAUUUUAUUUUUAAGUUAUGACUAGAAUUAGAAUUAUGUACUAUUCGAAAAAACGAAUCCAACGAGAAUUUGUCGUUUAAAGACAAAAUUCCUGACAAAUAUAUAUAUAUUUUUGCAACUUUUA